UUCCCCUUCUCCCCGGCGGUUAGUGCUGAGAGUGCGGAGUGUGUGCUCCGGGCUCGGAACACACAUUUAUUAUUAAAAAAUCCAAAAAAAAUCUAAAAAAUCCUUUGAAAAAACCCAAAAAAAAAUUUACAAAAAAUCCGCGUCUCCCCCGCCGGAGACUUUAUUUUUUUUUCUUCCUCUUUUAUAAAAUAACCCGGUGAAGCAGCCGAGACCGACCCGCCCGCCCGCGGCCCCGCAGCUCCAAGCAGGAACCCAGAGACCGAGGCCUUCCUGCCGCCCGGACCCAGCACCGCCAGCCUCGCUCCCCCGGUUCCACGGCCGUUGAGUACGCGUCGAUUCCGGUUGAAUUUUGUCCCUCUGCGCUCGCCCCCGCUCCCCUCCCCCCGGCUCCGUCCCCCGGCCCCGCACUCGCUCUCCUCCUCUCACGGGAAAGGUCGCGGCCUGCGGCCCCGCGGGCAGCCGUGCCGAGAUGAACCCCAGCGCCCCCAGCUACCCCAUGGCCUCUCUGUACGUGGGGGACCUGCACCCCGACGUGACCGAGGCGAUGCUCUACGAGAAGUUCAGCCCGGCCGGGCCCAUCCUUUCCAUCCGGGUCUGCAGGGACAUGAUCACCCGCCGCUCCUUGGGCUACGCGUACGUGAACUUCCAGCAGCCGGCGGACGCGGAACGUGCUUUGGACACCAUGAAUUUUGAUGUUAUAAAGGGCAAGCCAGUACGCAUCAUGUGGUCUCAGCGUGAUCCAUCACUUCGCAAAAGUGGAGUAGGCAACAUAUUCAUUAAAAAUUUGGACAAAUCCAUCGAUAAUAAAGCACUGUAUGAUACGUUUUCUGCGUUUGGUAACAUCCUUUCCUGUAAGGUGGUUUGUGAUGAAAAUGGCUCCAAGGGCUAUGGAUUCGUACAUUUUGAAACCCAGGAAGCCGCUGAAAGAGCUAUUGAGAAAAUGAAUGGGAUGCUUCUCAAUGACCGGAAAGUGUUUGUUGGACGAUUUAAAUCUCGGAAGGAACGAGAAGCAGAACUUGGAGCAAGGGCAAAGGAGUUCACCAAUGUUUACAUCAAGAACUUUGGAGAAGACAUGGAUGAUGAGCGCCUUAAGGAACUCUUUGGCAAGUUUGGACCUGCCUUAAGUGUGAAAGUAAUGACGGAUGAAAGUGGAAAAUCCAAAGGGUUUGGAUUUGUAAGCUUUGAAAGGCAUGAAGAUGCGCAGAAAGCUGUGGACGAGAUGAAUGGAAAGGAGCUCAAUGGAAAACAGAUUUAUGUUGGUCGAGCUCAGAAAAAAGUGGAGCGGCAGACGGAACUUAAGCGUAAAUUUGAGCAGAUGAAGCAAGACAGGAUCACCAGAUACCAGGGUGUGAACCUUUAUGUGAAAAAUCUGGAUGAUGGGAUUGAUGACGAGCGUCUCCGGAAGGAGUUCUCUCCAUUCGGUACAAUCACCAGUGCAAAAGUAAUGAUGGAGGGUGGGCGCAGCAAAGGGUUUGGUUUUGUAUGUUUCUCAUCUCCUGAAGAAGCCACUAAAGCAGUUACAGAGAUGAAUGGUAGAAUUGUGGCCACAAAGCCACUGUAUGUAGCUUUAGCUCAGCGCAAAGAAGAGCGUCAGGCUCACCUCACUAACCAGUAUAUGCAGAGGAUGGCAAGUGUGCGAGCUGUGCCCAACCCCGUGAUCAACCCCUACCAGCCAGCGCCUCCUUCAGGUUACUUCAUGGCAGCUAUCCCACAGACUCAGAACCGUGCUGCAUACUAUCCUCCUAGCCAAAUUGCUCAACUAAGACCAAGUCCUCGCUGGACUGCUCAGGGUGCCAGACCUCAUCCAUUCCAGAAUAUGCCCGGUGCUAUCCGCCCAGCUGCUCCUAGACCACCAUUUAGUACGAUGAGACCAGCUUCCUCCCAGGUUCCACGAGUCAUGUCAACACAGCGUGUUGCUAAUACAUCAACACAGACAAUGGGUCCACGUCCUGCAGCUGCAGCUGCUGCAGCCACUCCUGCUGUCCGCACCGUUCCCCAGUAUAAAUACGCUGCGGGAGUCCGCAAUCCCCAGCAACAUCUUAAUGCACAGCCACAAGUUACCAUGCAACAGCCUGCUGUUCAUGUGCAAGGUCAAGAACCUUUAACUGCUUCCAUGUUGGCAUCUGCGCCCCCACAAGAGCAAAAGCAAAUGUUGGGUGAACGGCUGUUUCCUCUUAUUCAAGCCAUGCACCCUUCUCUUGCUGGCAAAAUCACUGGCAUGCUGUUGGAGAUUGAUAACUCAGAGUUACUUCACAUGCUUGAGUCUCCAGAGUCUCUCCGCUCAAAGGUUGAUGAAGCUGUAGCUGUACUACAAGCCCACCAAGCGAAAGAGGCUGCCCAGAAAGCAGUGAACAGUGCCACUGGUGUUCCAACUGUCUAAAUUGAUCAGGGACCACGAACAGAAACUCGUGCUUCACCGAAGAAAAAUAUCUUAAACAUCGAAAAAUUUAAAUAUUAUGAAAAAAAACAUUGCAAAAUAUAAAAUAAAUAAAAAAAGGAAAGGAAACUUUGAACCUUAUGUACCGAGCAAAUGCCAGGUCUAGCCAACAGUGCUAGGCCUAGAUUACAUGAUUUAAAACAACAAAAAAUACAAAAAAAUAGCAAAAUAUAAAAACAAAUUAAUGUUUUAUAGACCCUGGGAAAAGAAUUUUCAGCAAAGUACAAAAAUUUAAAGCAUUCCUUUCUUUAAUUUUGUAAUUCUUUACUGUGGAAUAGCUUGGGAUGUCAGUUCUGUUUUAAGGAACAGAACUGAUGACUGAGCAAGGAAACGUAAUUUGGAUUAUAAAAUUCUUGCUUUAAUAAAAAUUCCUUAAACAGUA